AUGUCGUCCACCAGCAACGCCUCCAUUGACAAGUUCAACGGAGACAAUUACGCAACGUGGAGCCGGUACAUGCGCGGUGUGUUUUUGACGAAGUCCGUCUGGCACGUUGUCAACCGUGAAGUGACUCCGACUUUCACCGACCCGCGAGCGUCCGAUGACUACGUCAAGGCAAGCAACGUCGCGUUUGGUAUGAUGCUGCUGCACAUGAACGCGGACUACCAUCAUGUGCUGGACAACUGCGAGGAAGCCUGGGUUGCGUGGACAAGUCUGAAGACGCUGUACGGUGGGUCGCAGAAGGCAGGACGCAUCUACCUCAAGCGACAACUUUUCAGUAUCAAGAUGGCUGAAGGCGCGAACGUCAUGCAUCACUGCAACGAGGUCCUCAACAUCUCCGCCAAGCUUAGCGGCAUCGGUGCGAAGAUGGAAGACGAAGACGUUGCAAUUUGUCUGCUACUCAGUCUUCCGAAGAGCUACGAAAAUGUGGUGCUCAACAUGGAAAUGAGCAGCACCGAGCUUCGCACUCAAGAUGUGGUGAGAGUCCUGACGAAUGAGCAUGCCAAGCGUCAAGGAGAAAAAGGGACAACGACAGCGACUACGGUGAAGGCUGAAGAUGCAAGCAAGGCAUUCAGCGCCGAGCGUGAGCCCUACCAAUGCACGUAUUGUGGCAAGGUGGGACACACGGUGGAUCGUUGCUGGACAAAGCAGAAGAACGAAGGUCGGGGAGCCCGACGCGGCGGCAAUGGUCGUGGACGCGGGGCUAACAAUGUCCAGUGGGGACAUCAUGAUGAAGGCAAUGGCUACGAUCGAGUGGCGUUUGCAGUCUCGUUCGAAUGUGGAGUUUCGACGAGCAAGGACGUGUCUGGAAUGUGGGCCGUCGACAGUGGUGCAACGCACCACAUUUGCCACGACAAGACCAAGUUCGCAAGUUUGGCAGAGCGCAAUGAGGGCGAACUCUUGGUGGCUGAUGGCAACAAGGUGGCCAUCAAGGGUGUGGGAACCAUCAUGGAAAAGGUGGUUCUGCCCAACGGUGAAGAGCGUGAGAUCGAAAUCAAGAACGCGCUAUAUGUUCCAAGUAUGAGCAAGAACCUGCUCUCGGUGCCACAGAUUAACAGCCAUGGCAAGUUUCAAGUCGUUUUUGACGGGUCCAAGAUGUAUGUGACUCUCAAGAACUCACAGCAAGUGGUGGCGACAGCGGAUCUCGUGGAUGAACUCUACUGGCUUCGGACGACUCAACGAUCAGCGAAUGUGACAACAAGUGGAACCAGUUGUGCCGAUCUACAUGCGAGAAUGGGUCAUGCUCCAGUCGAUGUACUUCGCAAGAUGAUCGCGACCAACAUGAUCAAGGAUGUGCGAGUCCCUCUCAAGUCGGGUGGAGCAACUACAUGUCGAGGAUGUCAACAAGGGAAAAUGGUCCAAAAACCAUUUCCAAGCAACCGAGACAAGCGCAGCUACGAUACGUUUGAGCUACUUCAUCUGGACAUCUGCGGGCCCAUGGAAAAGGAUUCGCUCGGUGGCAGCAAAUAUUUGCUGCUGAUCAUCGACGAAGCCAGUGGAUGUAUGAAGGGCUUUUGUCUACGAGUGAAGUCCGAGAGUGAAGACUACAUCCGGAAAUAUAUCACCAUGGUACAGACGCAAUUCUGUAAGAAGGUCAAGUUCGUGCGACACGACGGAGCUCGCGAGUUUGCAACCAACUCGCUUCAACUGUUCUACGAAGACGAAGGCAUUGAACAGCAGACAACGGUGCCGUAUGCACAUCAAACAAACGGAACAGCAGAGCGUGCCAUUAGGACUAUUGUCACGAUCGGCCGCAGCAUGCUUCAUCAUGCCAAACUGGACAAGUGUUUCUGGGCCGAAGCAGCGAUGACGGCCAUCUACGUCAAGAAUCGACUGCCGUCACCUAAAGUCGUGCACAAGACCCCGUUUGAGAUCGUCUACAACUUGAAACCAAGCGUCAAGCACAUGCGAACAUUCGGGUGUCAGACAUACAUACUGACGCCUAAAGAGAAUCGACUCAAGUGGGAUCCAAAGGCUCGCGCUGGCAUAUUCGUUGUUGUCAGUCAGAAUGUCAACUUCGACGAGUCCACCUUUGGACUUCAACUGCCGAUCACUGAUGAAGAUGUCGAUGACCUGGACUUCGAAUUGCUGGAUCUUGAUGACGAAGAGCUGCGUCAAAUGGAGUAUCAGCAAACUGGCAAGCGCAAGAACCGACUCAAUGAUGAAGAUACAGCAGCUCCACGACCGCGUGCAGUGCGUCAACGACCAGGACUAGAAGAGUCAAGCGCGCCGGAAAACAACUCGUCACGACAAGAAGAAGACGAAGAAACGAAGGAUUCUGGUGAUUCAACACCGCCUGUGUUUUGGCGUGCGAGUGCAAAUGCCGUUGAAGCAGCAGUGGACUUAUCAGAACCCUCAACAUUUGAAGCAGCAGUAAGCGGCCCUGACCAAGUGCACUGGAGAAAAGCAAUUCAUGCAGAGCUCGAGUCAAUGCGACUUCGCGGUGUGUUUCGUGCAGCCAAGCUGCCCAACGGACAACGCGCCAUUGGCACAAAAUGGGUGUUCAAGAUCAAGCGCAAGGCGGAUGGGUCAAUCGAGAAGUACAAGGCACGACUUGUGGCCAAGGGUUUCCGCCAAAAGUAUGGCAUCGACUACACGGAGACGUUUUCGCCUGUGGUCAAGUAUGUGACGCUGCGAAUGGUGAUCGCAAUUUCCAAGCAUUUUGGAUGGCCCAUCGACCAGCUUGAUGUGGUGACAGCUUUCCUGUAUGGCGUCAUGAAGGAACAAGUGUUCUGCGUGAUUCCUGAAGGCGUCGAACUUGACAGUACGUUCGACUGCCUGGAAUUGGUGAAGUCAAUUUACGGCCUCAAGCAAGCGUCGCGAGUGUGGAACGAGACGUUCGACGAGUAUGUGUGCUCCAUCGGAUUUCAAGUAUCGGACUUCGACCCAUGUCUCUACAUCAAGACUUCGGACGGCCAUUGCGUGUUUAUACUGGUCUACGUGGACGACGUCUUGGUGACUGGAAGCUCGCUCGAGCUGAUUGCACAAACCAAGAACGACCUGAAGACGCGGUUCGAAAUGACGGACAGCGGCAAGUGUGCGUUUGUUCUUGGGAUCGAGCUUUUGGACGGUGAAGAUGGCAGUGUGACACUAUGUCAGCGUCGGUAUGUCGAUGAUAUCCUCAAGCGCUUUGGCAUGGAUGAUUGCAAGGCAGUCGCAAGUCCAGUCGACAUGAGCUCUCGACUUGUUUCAAGUGAUGCAACUACCAAGGUCGAUGCUCCUUUUCGCGAAGCUGUUGUUAAGCGUAUCUUUCGCUACCUACAAGGCACCAAGACGCAUGGAAUUUGCUACAAGCCAAGUGCAAGGAUCGACUUCCGUGGAUAUUCGGAUGCGGAUUGGGCUGGUGAUCUUACCGACCGCAAGUCAACAUCGGGGUACACGUUCAUGCUACUCGGUGCGCCUGUUGCAUUGUAG